UCCGCUAGAGCGAGCUGUAAGUACUUACGUACUCAGACUGCACUUUUGAGAUAAACUUAAAUAAUUAAAUUAAACAUAUUAUUAAAGAAAAAUGGCUGAUAAUCCUGAUAUUCAAUGGGCAUUGAAUAUUCUUACACCUGAUCCCGAUUAUGAACCUUCUCUUUAUGAAAAAUACGGAGCGAUUGUCGGAGUGCCACUUACAUUUUUUGGAGGAGCAUGUUUUCGAAAUAAUUUUUUGGGUAAACCUCCGUUUGCAGGUUUGCAAGUACACAUAAUUGCAGCAUUAUUAGGAUUUGUAGUAACGUAUAAAGUAUCACAGUAUGCGAAUAAUUUUUAUGCGAAAAGAGAUCAGAUGCUUCGUCAUUAUGUUACGUUACAUCCAGAAGAUUUUCCAGAGCCUGAACGUAAAAAGUGGGGCGAAGUGUUCGAAAAAUGGACUCCGAACCGUUAGGAUUAUAAUUAUCGUUGUAUAAUCCAGUACCUUUCGCAUCUCCCAACCAAGGGUAUUUAUAAGGACAUUCUCUACAUGUUUCCAAGUACCUGUAAAAUCAUUUGAUAUUAUAUUACAUAAUAUUUCAUUUAAGCU